AUGUCUACUCCAGUUGACACCUCUUUGACCGGCCUCAAGGCAAUCACUGCCCAAAUAAUGGCCAUUGUCACUGGUGCUCGGCAGCUUCCUCCAGGCUCCAGCCACUAUUCUCUGACAUCACAGGUCAGUGAACUUGUGUCUAGGACUGUCCGGGAGUAUGGGAAUGGACCCUACAUUCCUGGCCUCGUGCUAUUGUGCUCAAAGGAGUUACUUCGAGUUAGGGGCAUGACUCCCCAGGUUUGGCCCAACUGGCACAGCAUCGGGUACGACGAUCCCCGCUUGUUGAAGCAUGCCUGGUACAGCAAGAUUGUCGCCUGGGAGGCAUUAGGUGACCACACAUUCGAUCUCCCGGUCGCUCCUGGUCCUUCGGUAGGUUCAAUUCCAGUUGACCUUCCCUCGCCACCUAUUGUUGCCGGCAAUGUUGCCGGGUCUUCCAGCAAGGCUACCUCCGAGUCCCGGGAGAAGGGAAAAGGUAAGGCGGUUGUUGCCAACCCGCUAUUCCAAUAUGAGGCGCAGCUUUCCCGUGCAACGCGCAACAUGUGCGCACACUUCCUGUGCUUCACGAUGUAUAUGCACACGCGCUUUCCCGCGCUUGAGCGCCCUAUAGCGCCAGCCAUCCAGACGCAUCCAUCCACUGUCCACCAAGUUCUCUACUCUUAUCCGAAGGAUCAGUCAUACACGCUUCCGCGCGCGCACCCUACGUACGCGCCUCAUUCGCGCACCUUAUAUGCACUUGCGCGCUUCUGCACGCGUCCAGUUGAUAUGGUUACUCGGUUCGGUACCGCGCUCGGAAGUGCCGCAUAG